UGAGCAGGGAGUCGAGGGUGACGGUCGGCAUGGGGAAGAUACGGUGGGGGGAGCUUGAGGACGACGCGGGGGAUCUGGACUUCCUCCCUCAGCCGCUGGUGGUCGUAGGGCCCGACGAGAAUGGAGCGAAGAAAGUGAUCGAGUACCGGUUCGACGACGAGGGCAACAAGGUGCGCGUCACGACCACCACCCGCGUCCGCAAGCUCACCGGCGCCCGACUCAGCAAGCGCGCCAUCGAGCGCCGGUCCUGGCCCAAGUUUGGCGACGCCGAAUACGAGGACGCCGGCGCUCGCUUCACCAUGGUCUCCACCGAGGAGAUCCUCCUCGAGCGCCCCCGAGUCGCUGUUAUAUCUUGCUACCGCAUAAUAUCCAUCAAUCCCAAAUGUUUAAUAGGCAGCAAAGCAGAGGAGCCAAAGGUAGCUGAGGAUCCAUUGGCUGCUGUGAGCAAAGCAGGCGCUGUCCUCAUGGUCUGCCGGACUUGUGGUAAGAAGGGUGAUCACUGGACAGCGAAGUGUCCUUACAAGGAUCUCACUCCACCAACAGAGAACUUAAUCGACAACCCCCCAGGUGCCGAAACUGCAGCUUCACAAUCCGGCACCGGAAAGAGUACCUACGUGCCACCUAGUAUGAGAGCAGGUGCAGUGAGGAGUGGGACUGAGAUGAAGCACCGCAACGACGAGAACUCUGUCCGCAUCACCAACCUAUCAGAGGACACCCGAGAGCCUGACCUGUUGGAGCUUGUUGAUGCUUUUGGCCCCAUUGCUCGUAUCUAUGUCGCUAUGGAUCAGAAGACUGGAGUCAGUCGUGGCUUUGGUUUCGUCAACUUCUUCAACAGGGAAGAUGCAGAGAGAGCUAUCAACAAGCUUAAUGGCUAUGGCUACGACAACCUUAUCCUUCGUGUUGAAUGGGAUACUCCAAGGCCCAACUGAGUUUGUGCUAUCUGCAAGUAAUGUUGUAUGGUUCAGAUGGGAAGCCGUUUUCAUUCUCAUCCCUUUUAAUCUUGAUUUUAUUGCUUAAUUUUUUUUACUGGAAUUCACACAACUUCUAAGGUGAUGAUAAUAAACACAAUUUACAUUGGAUUGGAUAAUGCUUGCGGUUA